AGCUGUAAUUAGCAGCAGCAAGUGCAUUGUUUUUUGGUGCAAAUACUUGAAUGACAUUUUGUGUUUCUGCUUUGGCUGUUUUCAUAUAAAUCAGUCUCUGCCUCCAUUUAAACUUCAUCACCUGCUGCAAGUGCUCUAUCUUCCUUCUUUGAUUCUAUCGAUGCCAUCCCAUUCUUGACUACUUGUGUUUUUCUUUUUUCAAUUUCUUGAUGUAUUUUUGCAGCAGGAAUUAAUUGAUGUUCUUGGAAUUUGGAAGGGUGUAAUGAAAUGGGAUUUCUGAGCAGUCUCUUGGGAAUUCUUGGCUUUGGAAUUGGAUUCUUGUUUGGUCUUUUUAUUGGAUUUUAUUUCUUCAUCUACUCUCAGCCCACUGAUGUUGAGGAUCCUGUUGUCAGUCCUCUUUGUGAGCUUGAUACAGAUGCAUUACAAGAUCUUAUUCCGGAUAUUCCAUUGUGGGUUAAAAGUCCAGAUUACGAUCGAGUAGACUGGUUAAACAAAUUUCUUCAGAAUAUGUGGCCUUUCCUUGAUAAGGCUAUUUGUAGCACAAUUAGAAGCGUCGCAGAGCCCAUAUUUGCAGAAUACAUAGGGCAAUAUACGAUAACAAAAAUUGAUUUUGAGACACUAACCCCUGGAACUCUUCCGCCAGUACUUCAAGGUCUCAAGGUAUACGAGACAAAUGAGAGGGAGUUAGUGAUGGAACCAGCAAUUAAAUGGGCUGGCAACCCAAACAUCGUGGUGGUAGUAACUUCAUCAUCUUUACAGAAUCUAAAGAUCAAAUUGCAGUUGCUGGACUUACAAAUUUUCGUCGCACCACGUGUUACUUUGAAACCUCUUGUACCUAGUUUUCCAUGUUUUGCUAAUAUAGUGGUAUCUAUAAUGGAGAAGCCACAUGUUGAUUUCGGACUGAAGGUUCUUGGUGGGGAUGUUAUGGCAAUCCCUGGACUUUAUCGAUAUGUUCAGGAGAUUAUAAAGAAACAAGUAGCAGUCCUUUAUCACUGGCCUCAAACUCUUGAAAUACCAGUUCUUGAUGCUUCAUUGGUGGGCAUAAAGAAGCCUGUUGGGAUAUUGCAUGUUAAAGUGGUAAGAGCAAUGAAACUCCUGAAGAUGGAUUUACUGGGAUUAUCUGAUCCUUAUGUUAAGCUAAGCUUGAGCGGAGACAGCCUGCCUUCUAGAAAAACCUCCAUCAAGAAGAAAAACCUGAAUCCUGUGUGGAAUGAAAGCUUCAAGCUUACUGUGAAGGAUCCACAGUCCCAAAUUCUUCACUUAGACGUCAUUGAUUGGGACAAGGUGGGAGCACACGACCGCCUGGGAUCACAAUUACUUCCUUUAAAGCUUCUACAACCAAAUGAAACAAAGGAAUUCACUCUAGACUUACUUAAGAACUCAAGUAUAAGUGUCGCACAUGACAAGAAGCAGAGAGGGCAGAUUGUCGUUGAGCUGACAUAUGCCCCUUUCAGAGAGGAUACUGAUGGUAUGAGUGGGCCUUUAAAUAGCUUCAGUUGGAAGGAGAAUGGGUUGGAAACGACAUCUGGUAAUGAUAGUCCAAGGGGAGCAGGUUUGCUAUUUGUUACUGUCCAAGGAGCCAAAGAUGUAGAGGGCUCACGUCACAAUAAUCCAUAUGUGGUCAUAUUUUUCAGAGGGGAAAAGAGAAAAUCCAAGAUGGUUAAGAAAACACGUGAUCCUCAAUGGUGUGAAGAGUUCCAUUUUAUGCUCGAAGAGCCUCCUGUCCAUGAGAAAAUCCAUUUAGAGGUUUUGAGUAAGCGAAAUGGCAUCAGCUUUCGUUCAAAGGAGUCGCUUGGACAUGUCGACAUCAACCUUGAUGAUGUAGUUCACAAUGGACGUAUAAAUGAGAAAUACCAUCUAAUAGAUUCAAAGAAUGGAGUCAUACAUGUUGAGUUGAGAUGGAAGAGCAUAUGAAAACAAUAUCAAGGUUCAUAUUGGGUGUGGGCAUGAUCAAGAAUUAGGAGAGAAAAAGAGUUUUUCUGAACUCUUGGGCAAUUAUGCACAUGACCUAACGUUGAUCUAAAUGAUAACAAAGCAUUUCUUACUCGUGAAGGUGUAGAUACCUAGCUUUAAUUUGUCUGUUAAAAUGUAAUGCUAUAGCUUUUGCCUCAAUAGCGAGGAGGAGUUUGACGAUCUAGUACAUAUCAUAUAAGAUAGAUACUUCCAAUAGUAUUCCAUCUACAUAAAUGGAAGCAUUCAAGAAAUAAUUAUGCCUAUGAAUGUUGUGGAUAAUAUGUUCAGUUAUUGACUUGAAGAAAACAAAAUAUUUUGGCUUGUUUUUGGAAAAACAAGAAACA